AUCAGCUAGCUGGCUGAUAAAGAGAGUUGUACAGUCGUUUGAGUGAUUGAAGCACUCAGUCAGGUAGAUGUUGGAGGUAGGCUGCAUGAACAGUCCUUGGAAAGGAUAACAAGGGCUAUACGUGACAUUCUUAGUGUUAAGAGUAGUCUAGAUCAAGUGUACUGUGAGGUGUAGAGUGGUGUGAAGUGGAGUGUGGAGGAGCAUGGAGACACUGGUGAAGGCGCUGCUGGUGGUGGCGGCGGCUGUGGGGACCGGACAGGCGGCCGACAUCAGCGUCGUCGACGGUGCCUACACAGGGCUGGUGGUGGCCCUUAGGGACGACUUGUACCCCACCCAGUGUUCGCUCUACAUACAGCAUAUCCAAAGCAUGAUUAGCAGUGCUUCUGCAGUACUUUAUAACGUGACAAACAACACGCUCUCCUUUGGCGAGGUGACCAUUCUGGUUCCUGCGGCUGCUAGCAGUUGGCCAUGUCUUGAUUUAGACAUUGUAGAAAACACCCGCAGACUAGGGUGGACUGAUGCGCACUGGAGGGUGGGGCCAUCACACCCACUCUUCCUGGACAACCCCUGGACUCAACAACCCCGCGGCUGUGGAGAACCUGGAGAUUUUACCUACCUCUCUGAAAACUUCCUGUCUUCGAAUUCUGAUUCGGUGUCUCAAGGUAAAUUAUUGAUUCACGAGUGGGCCAAAUUUAGAUGGGGAGUGUUUGAAGAAUAUGGCCACCUGCAUGAUCCCAUCUUCCCUUCGGCAUACCGUGCACAGACCAGUUCUUUUGCCCCCAACUACUGCAGUAAUAACGAAGUCUCGGGCUCUUUCAGUGAUCAGUGUGUGCAGAAUGGUAAAGAAGAGGACUGCAACUUCACACCUGACUUGGCGUCUGAUAGUAAUGUUAACAUUGAGUCGUCUCUCCUCGCAGCACCUUUCCUCGGCACAGUAGUGAAGUUUUGUGAUUCAAGUGAUCAUGAUAAAACAGUGCCCACCAAACACAACGUAUUAUGUGAUAAACGUAGCACUCAAGAAGUUAUCAAUCAACAUGAAGAUAUGCAGCAAGCUCCGGGGAACACAGUGGCAAGCACCACCUUUUCAGUGGUUAGAGCAUCUGUACCUGGCGAUACAAUUGUCUUCGUGUUGGACUACAGCGUCACCAUGACGGAUGCAAUUUCAAGAUGGGCAUUUUUAAAGGACUCUGUGAUUCAGUUCAUCAUGGUCAAAGCAUUGCCUCAAACAAGAGUAGGCCUGGUUAUUUUUGAUGGUACUUUAUUGAAUAGUCACCCACUGCAGGUUCUCGACAGUGUUGACAACAAGAAUUCUUUAGUUGAUAUCAUUAAAAAUACCAAAAUUGGUACUACCAAGAAGGAUCUUCUAAUUGGCAUUCAGAAUGCUGCGCAGAUACUGCAAAAUGAAAAUGGCAUGAUUGUUCUUGUGACAGAGAAUUUAGAAGUCUAUCCGCCGAAUCCAGACCUUGUAGCUGCAGCUCAGGGACACCAAGUGUGGCCUAUCUUGUACCCCAACGAUCCUGCAUUCUCCAAACAGGCAUACCAGGACUUGGCAGACAUUAUACCUGGUACCCCUGUUCUUAUUAUCAAUAACACAUUAAACAACCCUUGUCCCACUUGUGGUGUGUAUCAAUCGGUGGACAAUUAUGCAGCUCUAACUGAGAAUUUGCUCCAAGUUGGUGGAAAUUCUCUUGUAAAGGUGACAGAAGAUGAGUGUUCACCGCCAAACUGCUUAAUGAAAUUGACUGUUGAUAAUAGCAGGCAGUAUAAUCCAGAUGCUUUUAUUGAAGUACUUUACAAUUUUGUAGUAAAUAAUUUUAUACAACUCAACGUAUAUGAUGAGGAAAGCAUUCCAAUGAACUCUUCUCAGAGUACGAGCAAAAUCUAUAAAAUUACAAAUCUUCAGAAUACGACCUAUAAUGUGAAUGUGAGUCGACCAUAUGCGAUGUCUUCAGUGAGAUGUUCACUGUUAGCCACACCAAAUGAUGGUAUGAAUGUGCAGGUGUGGUCUUCCAAAGGGUUAAGUAACCUGGACUACACCAAAGACUCUGUCCCCACACUGUUUGCAAUGGUAAUGAAGGAUGGGCAUCAUGUAUUAUAUGCUGAUGUGACGGCUACAGUCACCACUAAAGAUGGACCGAAGAUUCUUACCCUGAAAGACAACGGCGCUGGAGGCGAUACAACUGGUUAUGAUGGCGUGUACUCGGCCUACAUGGUGGAUUUCAGUCCGCCAGAGAAUGUUGGCAUCAUGGUGACCGCAACAGAUAAUAAUGGCACAGCACGUAUCCUGAGCUCUGUGCUUCGCUCUGCUCCUGUAUUAGGUGAACAAGCAUGUUGUGGGAGUCAGCUCAUCAUCCCAGAUGAGCUACUAGAGGAUCCUGGAAGCUUCACUGUGUCUUCGGCACUUCAAGCAGGCAAGCUUACUGGAGUCCCACCUGAUCUCUUGCCUCCUGCGCAAAUCACUGACCUUAGGUCUUCACGAGAUGACACGAAUGUAAUCCUCUCAUUUACAGCGCCAGGUGACCAUUUGGAUCAAGGCACAGCUGCAUAUUACACCAUGAAGAAACAAACGUAUCAAAACAGCAGCCAUGUUUAUAAUGAAAACAUCACGGCAUCAGAAGCUGGCUCACUUGUUCAGCACUCUGUCACCAUACAGGAAUGUGAUCUUUUUGUUUUCACAGUUACAGCUUAUAGUUCUGAUGGAAAUGAAGGCAAAAUGUCCAAUGAGGUUCAUGAAUUUUUCCCAUGUACAAAUUCAAAGUCACUCACAGCUGGUGCAAUAGCAGGGAUCGUCAUUGUGUGUCUCUUGGGAGUUAUCAUUAUCAUCAUCAUAGUGUAUCUUUGCCUUAAACGUGACGAGCGUGAAGAUUUGUGUUUGUGGCAAGUUCUUACAUGCAGAUGCAUUAAGAGAAAUAAAGAUGACCCCUCUGUAUACAACAGCCCACCUCCAAACUCUGCACGGAGGAGUGAUGUCAUCCGUGGUAACAGGACUAGUGUCACCGAGCCAAUCAAAAAUAUAAGUGAUCUUUAUUCCAAGCCCAACUUGGAUUCUAAGAGAUCUAUCCGCCAGAGAAAGCCGGAUGAAGAUGAUGGAGGCUUUGGUGCACAUCGAAGACAGAAUGAAAACUUACAGAUGAGGGGAGUAAGUGAUAGCAGCAGCCAGGUGUCAUCCUCAAAUCUAUAUACAUCACAAAGAACACUGCCCAUCAACCAGGUUGGCAUCCCUCCAGCUGCACAUUCUCCUGUUCGUGGAUAUUCCCCCCCGUAUGGUUACAAUAACACAAAUCAAAGGCCUCAGUUAUUUAUGUCUAGUAGUGACUUAAAGUAUGCUGGCCCUCAAGACAAUCCUGCCUAUGAUGGACACGACGACACUGAUAAUUAUGGCGAUAGACACAUACCUCCGAGAAAUCCUAGAAUCAACACUCAGGUGUAGCCAUAAUUACACUUCAUACUUGAAAGCCAGGUCCCAAAUUUGCACAGUAGAAUAACAACAUACUGGAGCAAAAGAACAUAUUGGAAGGAAAUGCAAGAUAGAACGAGUGAGGAGUAGAGUUGCUAUAGGCACAAUCGGAGAGCACUGUCUAAACGUCAGGGGUCCACAGCUGUUCAACACCCUCCCAGCAAGCAUUAGAAAUAUUGCUGGAUGAAGGUGGAUGUAUUCAAGAGGCACUUGGACAGGUUCUUGCAAGAAGUGCCAGAUCAACCAGGCUGUAGUGGAUAUGUGGGCCACUUCAAGCAACAACUUGUUGGACCAAGUUAUCACAAGUCAAGGCCGGGCUUGGGAGUAGAACAACUCCCGAAACCCUCUCCAGGUCAUAGGAUGUUAAGCAGUACAGUACUAUGGUUAGACAGUAACCAUUUGACAUUUAUAUCUGCAAGUUUUAGUGCCGAAUCAUGUUAAAAUAUGUUAAGAGGAAAACAUGUUUCACAUUUUGGAUAGUGGGGCACAGAACCUAUUAACUCAAUUUGGUUCCCCAAAUUCUUGGAUAUUAGCACCUGAAAGUAAUGCAAUAGUAGAUUUCCCAAAGAAUUUGUUUUAUUCUUUAGAAGGCUUGCAUUAAGGUGAAAUAUGUGUACAAGACCUGUGGUAUGUGUUUCAGAAUAAUAUGUUCAUUAAGCUAUUGUAAUAUUAAUAAGACAUUCACGUUGGAUAUUGAUUCUUCAUCAACAUGUUCACUUAGGACUUAACUCCUUCACUAAUAUGUAUCUGAUAUUUUUGUACCAUUUAUGUCAUUAAUUUAAUCAUUUGGAUUUGAUGCAAUAAAUUUUCAUUAAUGAUAAAAUAUAGUUCAAAAGUUUAACAGUGCCAUGUACUUCAGUACAGUAUAUGUUAAGUAAAGCAUUGGUUUUAAAACUUAAAUAUGUACUCUUCCUUUACCACUACUUAGAUAGUAAGUACACUGUAUUUACAAGUACUGUAGGUCUUUACCUGAUGCCAACUUUUUAGACGAGAUACACAGCUGGUAUAAGGCACCAAGUUAUAAAUAACAAUGAAAGUUCCCUUUGUAUCUGUUGACUGAAAUUCAGUGAACUCGCUCGCCUGUAUAUACACAACACUUUGUGCUCAAGUAAAAUGUAUAUGCGGGCUGCUGCAACAGGUUAUGUGUAACUCGUGAAAGUGGUUGUGCACAGAUCGCAGUGAUGGUAGGCUGCUUCUAUUAGUACCCAAAGUCACCAUUCUGGUUACAAUAGUUUGGAAGCACACUGGUGCACUCCAGUUCCUUUCUAACAUGGAGUGAAGGCCUAUUCCUUCAUGAAAUUGAGCUGUGCUGCUUGAUUCAUUUUGACUAGGAAGAUUAUGUGAAUCUUAACACAAGUCUUUCAGAAAAGGUGAUAUACUGAACUUGAUGCAAAGUGACAAUGUUUCUAGAUGACUUGGCCUUUUCAAUCCAGUACAAGUGCUUUCUUAGCCACAAUGAGAAUGAUCUCACAAGACCCAGAUAAUGAUUUCUGCCUGGGUCUCAAGGCAGAAAAUUGUGCCUCGAGGAAUGAUAAUUUGUCCCCAUCAAAUGGCAGUGCAUUACUCUAAUGGGUGCCAGUCACUGAUGUUGGCACAGAGAUCUGGACAUCUGUCAGGUCAUGUACCAAGGAGGGCAAGGUGCUCUCUGGGCACUCUACUUGAUGCUUUCAGGCUCCGUUGCAGUUCCUGUAACACCCAUACCAAUAAAUAUUAUUCAUUCUUACAUGAUAAUAUCAGUCUUGAGGAUCAGCACCCAUUUCUUAAUCUAAUUAAAGCUACUUGGGAGAGAAUGAUGCAAGUACAGUAUCAACUUCUUCAGACUUUGAGCCCUGAAUACUUGUUUAGCAGUGUUGCUCAUCAUUUGUAUAGUGUUGCUACUAAUUGAGAGGUAAAGAGAAAAAAAUCAUUUCUAAGAGUGAAAUUAUUUACAAAAACUCUAAGUUUUCAAAAUCAAUAUUGCAUUUUCUUGUGGAAUUCUCAAACCUAACAAGGCUUUUAUUAUUGACUUUUUUGUGCAAUAUUGCUUUUACUUGAGUGACUCCAACCUCAACACUUAAAGUUCAUUGACUUUGUUACUACAGUAUUAUUAUUAUUAUUAUUAUUAUUAUUAUUACAGAACACUAUUAUAUACAUCCAAGUGGACAUCCCCCCAAGUAUUUUCUUGUGUGUAACGCUUUGUAUGUCUCACUUUUGUUCCAUUCAGUUAUGAAAGGUGUCAAUUAUGUGUGUUAAUUUACCUGUAGACAUUGCCCAUGAUAUGUCAGUUAUAACUGUGUUGUAAAUCAUUAAUGAGAAAGUUAACAUGUAAAUAGAAUUGCUGUAAAUAGAACAGAUGCUGUCAAUUUGUUAAUUGAUGUAUGCAUUCAAACUAAUCUAUGUUACAUUUGUAUUAUCAAGAGCUUUAUAACAAAUAAAAACAUGAUUGUU